CUUCGUCCCGCUAGGGGCCUUCGGGUGAAAGACCAAGUGAAGCCGGACCUUAGAGGCCGGAGACGCUUGGAACAGGCGGGGAGAAGAAAGGAGAGAACAGAACAGAAGCGGAGACGACUUGCAAACAGGAAAACUUGGAAAUGGAAUAGACGAGUGGUGAAUCUUCCUCGGUGUACACGGAAUAUCGUAGUAGUCUUAGGGGAGUAAAAAUGCCGUUGGGCAAUACUACUUGAACUUUCUGAGCCGCUUCAAAGUUUUGGUGAAAGUGUUAAAGAAACAACGGAAAGGGGGAGGUGACGUACUCUGAGGACCAGCCGAGUUGCAAUUUCCUCGGACUUCUACCUAGAAUUGGAACAAAUAACAAAUAAACAAAUACGCGUUCCAAGCUCUUGAGGCCUUGUCCAAUUCCACGCAGCUUAUUGCCCUCUGGUUGGUUUCCGGGCAAACAUGAUUCUGGGACACGGAGCCAAUACCAUGACCCUGGAGGAGGCCAGACUCAAGCUCUGUGCCCAAGCCAAAUUAAUGGGCAAGGAGUGCAAUCCGUCAUUAUUGACAGGCGCUCUCCAACACCAUUAUCAUGGCCAUGACGAUGUGGCCGCACAACAAUCCAAAGACGCCAUUAUCUAUGUCACGAUCGUGGUCGUUUUUUACGUGGCCAUAGUGUUGCUUCUGAUUGGAACCAAUCUUCGAGCAGGGCGAGCCAAUCGAACGGCGCGAUUCAAGAAACACGUGGUAGAAUACUCCGAAGGGUCCGGGCGUGCCGAGAAUCGCUUGGUCGCUGAACCGCCCAUAGGCUCCCGCACUAAUGGAUCCAUGGCCAUAGACUACGAUGAGGAAAUUGCAGACGUCUGAGCAAUGUCCAUAGUUUUGUAACUCCAAUCUGUAUUCCAUGUCCCACUUACCCAAUAUGCGUGUCCGAUGGCCGAGAAGGACAAGAAUUGUCUAGCACCCGUUUCCCCUGUUCAGUUUUCGGUUAUUCGGUUAUUCAGAAUCAUGUCUAUCUACCCUUGAGGCGAGUUUGGUGUGGUUGGGGUCGGAUUUUAGCCAUCCGACCCACUCUAUAUAUGCAUCAGUACCUUGACAAAGCCUUCAUUGACAUUCAUUUCUGUAUCCAUUUAGCCCCAAUAAUGCCACCCUCCCUGAGUGGAAAUCUGAAACAAGUUGGAACAUUUCAUAGAUCCUCCCAGAGUUUGGAGGAGAUAAUUCCAUAUCAAAAGAAACACCUCUCAAUACGAUAAUUAUGUAACUUUGCAAUUGGUCUCUUCGCUUUUCGCUUGAAAAAAAAACCGACUCUUUCAGGCAGGUCUCAACAAACUAUAAAACUACGUAGCAAUGAUCAUCAUGUCUCCCAUGAGUCCAACCACAAGUCCAAGCUAAGAAAAUUCUAGCCUGUGUCAAUUUCCUUCAGAUCUGAUUGAAAUAAAUCAUCAAUUCCACCGUG